UAUGUAUUCGAACCGGACUUCAGAGACCUGGCAAUGCACUUGAAUGGAGAACGGUUCAAAUCAGUGCGACCAGGGGGAUUUAUGUAACACAAAGACAUUAUAAAAACCCGAACAACGACAACAGGCCAAUCCUGUUUCUUUAAUGAACUGCAGUAGUUUAAUUCACCUUAAACCAUUGACCGAAUUAUUAAUGAAUAUUUUUUGCUAGCUCACCGUGAAUUGGCAUUAUUUGUAUUGCAUCAGCUCACAAGAGAGACUUAACACGUAUGCUUAAAGGCAGGACAAUUGACAAGGCCGACGCAGUAGCUGGACAUUUCUCAGUGUUGGCCAAGUGUAUAUAACUAAAAUGGAGUCGAACAGCAGCGAAGCACAGCUUAUGUCAAUGCAGAGCUCACCACACGAUUCCACCCUCUCUUUUGGAGAAGACAGACAGGUUCAUAGUCGAACACCUGAAGACUGGAGGAAAAAAGUUAAAAAGGGGGUCAAGAAGAACCUCUUGUUAAUUUUAACCCUAAUAGCGAUUGUCAUAGGAGCGGUCCUAGGUUUUACGGUGCGUCUGUUACAGCCGUCAAAGGAUGCCCUGAUGUGGUUAGGAAUGCCUGGUGAUGUAUUUCUACGAAUGUUGAAGAUGAUGAUACUUCCUCUCAUUGUCUCUAACGUAAUAACUGGAACUGCUUCAUUAAGUCUCAAAACCAAUGGGAAGAUGAGCAUGAUUGCUUUGGUAUAUAUUGUGCUCACUAACAUCAUUGGUUGUGUAUUAGCAGUGGUAUUGACUCUACUUAUUCAACCAGGUAACUCUCCAAACCAAGAUGGGGGGUCAUCUGGCCUUGAGCAGACCCUGCAGACGCAGGACAUCUUUGCUGAUUUGAUCAGGAAUAUAUUCCCCGACAAUAUCAUUCGGGCGUGCAGUAAACAGGUCCAGACGUAUUAUGGCGAAACCUUGAAAAUCGCACAAGUAAACACUACAGAAGGUUUAGUAAAUAAAACCGUAAAAGAAGUAAAAAAAUCCGUUGGAUAUAGUGACGGGUCAAACAUUCUUGGAAUCAUAGUGUGUUCAAUGAUAUUUGGAAUAGCAACAAGCGCCAACAAAGAAAAGGGCAGGCCCUUUUUGAAGUUCUUUUCAUCCACAAGCGAAAUAGUGAUCACAAUAUUGCGAUGGUUUCUUUGGUACUCUCCCAUCGGCAUCGUCAGUCUGAUGGCAGCUUCCCUGGCCGCCAUUACCGAAAUCGAGGAAACCCUGGCCAGAAUAGGGCUGUUCGUUGUCACCGUCACAGCCGGGCUCGCCAUCCAUCAGCUUGUUGUGUUGCCGCUGCUAUAUUUCGUUAUUGUUAGAAAUAACCCCUUCCGUUUCUUCUUUUCCAACAUUCCAGCAUGGGUGACAGCUUUUGCGUCCACUAGCGGAGCAAUGGCGAUUCCCGACGUGAUUAAAGCUUGUGAAGAAAAGCACAAAAUCGACUCGCGUCUUACAAGGUUUGCUGUCCCAUUCGUGACGACUCUUAAUGCAGAUGGUAGUGCAUUGUACAUAGUCUCUGCAUCUAUGUUUCUCAGUCAGUUGGAGGGAUUUACGUUGGACGCUGGGCAAAUUGUUAUGUUGGUGACACUGACCACAGUAGCCUGCAUGGCCCUUCCAUCUGUCCCCAGCUCUAGCAUCGUUACCAUAGUGAUUUUACUGACCUCCCUCAAUCUUCCCGUCAAGGAAAUAGCGCUGCUGUUCACAGUCGAAUGGUUACUUGAUCGGUUAAGGACAACAAGCAAUGUUAUGAGCCAUGCUAUGAGCGUGCCAAUUAUCUACAGAUUUUGUAAAGAAGAUUUAAAAAAUCAACCCGAACAAACCCAGGAAAGAAAAGUGCGAUUUGAUUUGGAUGAUUAUUCGGAAGGAUACGGAAGCGAUGACAAAAGACUUAACUCGGAAGAAAUGGUAGAGAUUGCAACUCAUAAUCUCUAACUACACCAGGGUCCGCUUGUCCUGUUACAAAAUUAUUGUACAGCCUAUACUUUAUUUUUGUAGACUGUUUUAAAGGCCCCUGAUAUCAGAGGGUGAUCUCUAAACAUAUGAACCCUUGUCUUAAAGAAGAGGCAAUGGUAUUUACCUGACCAAAGCAAGCCCCUUCCAGACAGUGUUUGAGGCACCACAGUAAGCCCAAAGAGAACCCGAAUCCGAACAAUUUUUUUUCUUGAUGGUGAUAUCUUUGAUGGUGAUAUCAAAAUGAACAAACAUAUAAUUCAGAUUGACGGCAUGAGGUUUACAUAUUUUACGGUGAUUCCGAAGACUUUAAGUAUAUCAUAAAUUCUGAAGUCUUAAUUAGGCUAAGUAUAUUGAUACCUUCUUACAUAACGUCCCAGUAAUACGUACAUCAAGUUUCUUACAAAUAUCUAAGCAAUAGAAUAUUAUUUUUUUGUUUUACACUUACAAAAGUUUAUGGCAUCUAAAAGUUCAUAAUAGAAAAUGGGUCAGUUUAUUAGAAUCUCAAACGUUUAGCUUUUUGAGUUUAAAAACAGGUCUAAAUUUAUUCUCCAAUAACAGGCCUACCCAACUACCAGACU